AUGGAAGCCAAAUAUUUGGAAAUGUUGAGCGUUCUCGUGGAAGGUGAAUAUUUGCGAGGGAAGACGAAGACGCAAAGAAAUGAGGAGAGGGAGAGGACUCGGGAGAAACGAAACGUGGGUCUCGUGGAAUCUAAAACCAAACCUCGGAAACUCCCAAAAAUCCUCGAUCUGGCUGCUGGAGUUGUUCCCAGUAAAACUGGAAUGCCCAGUAAAUUAGCUGAAAAGAAACUUAAAAAUCUCCAGUCGCCUUUUCGUCGUCCAUCAAAGGGUCCAUCGAUCAACAGCUGA